UUAAAAUAACUUCUGCCUCAGUUUAGCUCUGGUUUAGAAGAACACAGAGAUGUGGAGCCAUCAACACAUCAUCGUCUGCACAGCUCUGAGUUUUGUGAUCAGUGCUGAAGGUUUGAUCGAAGUGUUUGGAUAUGAGGGAAGAGGUGUAAAUUUUUCAUGUCACUAUGAUCAGGGAUAUGAGGAUAGCGAAAAAUACUUUUGUAAGAAAGACUGUGGCUCCAGUGACGUUCUCAUUACAACAAAACAGAAAAAUAAAGGCAAAUAUUCCAUGACUGAUGAUAUAAAGAACAGAAUCGUCACAGUGACCAUCUCUGAUCUUCAAUCACAUGAUGCUGGGAAAUACAAGUGUGGAGUCACUAGAUGGUUUAUUGAUACCUACAGUGAAGUAAAACUGCAGAUAAAAGAAGACAGAUGCUGCGACACAGUGAAUAAAACCCAAAGUAUUGAGGAAGGUUCAGUGACCAUCAGCUGUCCGUACGACUCUGAGUCUGUCGACAAGCUGAAGUUCUUCUGCAGAGGAAACCGGCCCUCCACAUGUCGACAGCAGGCAGUGAUCACCUCUAACAACACACAAAAUGGACGAUUCAGACUCUCUGAUGACAGGAAGUCAAGAAUAUUCACAGUGACCAUUUCCAGUCUGACCCUGAAGGAUUCUGGGUCGUAUCUUUGUGGAGUCCAGAGAAACUCAGGAUUUGAUGAUUUCUCUGCUGUCGAGCUAGAGGUCAAAGAGUGGUGCUGUGUGGAGUCAAAGAACAUGAGUGGGAUUGUGGGUCGUGCUGUAACCUUCCAGUGUCCUUAUCCACGUCAUCAUCGUAACAAUAUGAUGUUCCUCUGCAAAGGAGACCAGCGCAGCAACUGCACAUACAUGACUUAUCAAGGCAGCUUCACACUGCACAAUGUUAAUGCCACCUUUUUUUCUGUGGUGAUCACAAAACUUAAAGCAGAGGAUUCUGGGACAUACUGGUGCAGAUCAGACCCCGAGUGGAGUGUUGGAAACUACACCCAGUUUCAUCUGACUGUGGAAGAAGAAGAACAGCGUGGUGUGUCAGAGGAGUCCAUAAUAGAAGCUCUGUACUGGCUUUUCGCUGCACUCCCAGUUCUGCUGCUGAUACUGAUAAUCAUCCUGGUCAAAGUUUGCAAGCCCAAACGUCGCCAGUUGAAAGUUGAAGCAGCAGUCGACAUGAACGCAAGCAAACUGGAGGCAGUAGAUGCACAAGACGUGACAAGUGGGGAAGAUCUUUACCAAAAUUAUGACGAUCCUGCAAUUCGCUCACAGCAGAGGGCCUGCAAAGAGCAGAGAUCUGUUCAGUUCUUUGAAGACUAUGAAGAUGAAGCUCAAUAUGGAAACAUUUCAACAACUGAGGAUAUUUACCGCAAUGAGUUCUUUUUAAAAACUCAGACAUAAAGAGUGAGCCAAAUGUUGGGUCUGACCUCCAUGUGAAUAACUGUAUUUGUGUGAGGCUGAAGCUUUUAAUUGAGUUCCUAAAAGUCUUUAUUCAUGUUACAUCAUCAUCAUCUUAGAGAUGCUGGUAGUGACAACUUUCAUGAGCUUUAAAAUUCUGCUUUUCCAUUACUUCAUACUAAUAAAACUGCAGUUUUGUAUUCUUAUAAA